GGGUUCCGGCGACAUGGCUAAACGCACCAAGAAGGUCGGCAUCGUCGGCAAGUACGGGACCCGCUAUGGUGCCUCCCUCCGGAAAAUGGUGAAGAAGAUUGAAAUCAGCCAGCACGUCAAGUACACUUGCUCCUUCUGUGGCAAGACCAAGAUGAAGAGACGAGCUGUCGGCAUCUGGCACUGUGGUUCCUGCAUGAAAACAGUGGCCGGCGGUGCCUGGACCUCUGCCGCUGAGGGCCGUAAGGACCCAGUGGCUGUGGAAAAGGAGACGUCCUAA